GCCGAAGAGAAAUUCAGCUUCAGCUUGCUCGUACCUGUUUCCUCUCGGGUCCUUUUGUUCCUAUGUUUUGAAAACAACUACAGCAAUUAGCAUCUAUUUCCGUCGUGCGCUUCACGAAGACGACCCACGUUGUCGCUCCUUUAUAUAUGACCCCGAUCAUUUGUCGGUCCUUCGCAAACUUUUCGCGAAUUGCGAAAAUUUGGAUUUCAUCCGGGGUCAUCGAUGA